AAAAAAAAACAACUGCGUGAAAAGUCGUAGCAUUUUGGGAAAACUAGUUAAAAAAUAUAUAUUUUUAUGGGCGCUAAAGCAACAAAAAUGGAUGGUAGCUAUCUGCCAGACACACCUACACUAAAUAAUAUGCGCAUGGAGAGAAAGUAUCAAAAAACCGAAAUGGAAAUGUCUACUCCUAUCAAAUCCUCAGAUCCUGACCCAAAUGCAUUGCUCGAUCCACGAUCACCGAGUGGCUGUCGGACACCAAUGAAUUUCCUAGCGCCCCAAGUUCAGGUUGCGAAGGUAGUACCAGCUACAGAGGCUUGUGGUGAAAAUGCUUUUGCGCAGUUCAGAAAGCGCUUGCUAAAAGGAUUUUCAUUAGACGAUCCUCGCUCGCCACAGCUUAAUAGAACUCCUUUGAUACUCGACGAGGUAAUUGAUCGUACUCUCAACAUGGACGACACCUUUUCCGAUCUGUUUGUAGAGACUCGUGUGCCUGCCACGGCUGUUACUGAGCCCGUAGCUGAUGAAAAGCCUAUAGAACUGGAGCCGCCAAUGGAAAUGGAGCUGCCUAGUCCUAUCAGUCACAAUAACAGUUCUUUGGAAAUCGAGUCGAUUAUCUAUGAUGAAGAGACUAUGCCUUGCGAUAUGAUGCUACAAAAGACUCCGCCACAGCAGCCCUACGAUCCUCGUUCGCCCACAGUGGGCGUAGAGCGCACGCCCAUAAUAUUCUGUGACGAUGAGGACGAAGAGGCUAGAGAAACACAAAUGCUGGAGGAUAUACUCCAAACGCUUACACUUAAUCUAAGCAACGAGAGUAGCAUGGCUUCAUUUGCCAGCGCAACAGGUGAAUUUGAGAUGACUCUGGAUGAGCCACAAGCACAGGCGCCGACACAGGCUAGCAAACCAGCAGCUCCAACAAACAAGCACUUGGAUCGUGUGCGUCUGGGCAACAAGCGCCGUGUAGCGCCACGCAAGCCAGCACGUGCCAGCAAAUCUCAGAUUUAUGUGGAUGCCAACGAGGGCGGAGUAACGAGCACGCCAAAGACCACACCACAGUCAGCGCAGCGCACGCACCGCACUCCUCUAGGCAGUGUUAAUAGAAAUCGCAUGCACUUACGUUCACGCUCGGUGGAGAAGGAUCUUCGCAAGACACCGCUGUCGCUGAAAAGCUUCGAUGAUCAGCUCAAUCCUAGCGAGCGGCGCAACGUGCCUAGCAUACAUAUGCUCAUGACCGGAGAUGAUGGCUUCGAUGGUUAGCCCAAUUUACAAAUCAUUUAUAUCAAUCAUUAUAUUCACCAUUAUAUCAGCCUAAGUUCAUCUAUGAAUACAAACACUUCAUAAACAUUGCUAUAAAAAAUAUAUG